AUGUCAGAUCCCGAUACUGCCGAAUUGGUGUUCAGGCUCACUACUAGUGGUAGGAUUCCUACACAAGAUACCAUUCAACAAAACCAAACAAUGGAACGUUUCAUACUACCAAAAUCUAAAGAAGGCAUUAUUGCUUCAACAAGAGAGAAAGCUAGAAAGAGACAGGCACUUUGUCGUAUCAAGAAAAGGAACGAACAAAGUCUUAUUCCUACAACAUCCAACCAUCUUGAAGAUACUGGAAAUAAACAAUUUGCUUCAACAUCCAAUCAUCUUGAAAAUACUGAAAAUCAAGAACAAGUUGAACAUUACUGUGGGCCAUUAAAUAUUCUAUGCCCAUAUUGUAAUGCAUUAAAUUUUAUUUCUGAAAAACCAUCUGAUGGAAAAUUUAAAAAUUGCUGCCACAAAGGUCGUGUUUUAUUGCCUUCUCUACAAUAUCCAGAUUUUUUAAUAGAUUUACUUUCAAAUUUAGACAAUCAUUAUUAUAAAAAUUUCUCUCAGAAUAUCCGCUCAUACAACAGCUCCUUGGCCUUUGCCUCGAUGGGGGCUAAAAAUGAUAAUUUAUUAAAUAAAGGCCCAUACUGUUUUAGGGUUCAUGGUCAAAUUUAUCAUCGAACUUCACAUUUAUAUCCUCCUAAUGGCGUUUCCCCAAAAUAUGCACAAUUAAAUGUUCUUGAAACAUCUCAGGCUAUUGAAAAUCAUGUUGAGAAGGCCGAAGAAAUGAAAGCUAGGUUAGAAAACCGUCCUAUAUCAAAGGUAAAUAUGAUUUUUCGCCGUGAUCGUGCUAAUGAUAGAAGAAGAUUUAAUAUUCCUACUAUUGAUGAAGUAGCAAUGAUUUUUAAUAACGAUGAUGGAGAACCACCUUUUCAACGUGAUGUUAAAGUUUAUCCACGAAAUGAUGAUUCAAAUUUAGUUAUCUUAAAUAUUCUUAGCCCAAAUUUAGAUCCUAUGGUGUAUCCUUUACUAUUUUCUUAUGGUGAUCAUGGAUGGCAUACGGAUAUGAAAUUUAAUGGACCAUUUAACAAGGGAACAAGAUCAAAUAUAACUAUGUUACAAUUUAAAAUAUCAAGGUUAGCUAUUCGUGCUAACAUUUUUAAUCCUAUUCUUUAUGCUGGGCGAUUAUUUCAUCAAUAUGUUGUUGAUUCUUACCUCCAAGUCGAAGCUAAUAAUUUGAAUUAUAUAAAAUUUAACCAAUCAAAAUUACGUGUAGAGGAAUAUUCAGGGUUUAUGGAUCAUAUUUCUAAAGCAAAUGAUAAUACUAAUUUACCUCUAGGAAGAGCCGUUAUUUUGCCUUCUUCUUUUCAGGGGUCCGAAAGAAACAUGUGUGAUAGAUAUCAUGAUGCUAUGGCUAUCGUUUCUAAGUUUGGUAAGCCUGAUUUAUUUAUAACUUUUACAUGCAAUCCCAAUUGGAGGGAAAUUAAAGAAAAUCUUUAUAAAGGACAGAACCCUUCGCAUAGACCUGAUUUAUUAGCUAGAGUUUUUCAUUUAAAAUUAUCUGAAUUAUUACACGAUAUUAUUAAAAAAGAUUUCUUUGGCAAAUGUUCGGCGUAUGUUUAUACCAUAGAAUUUCAAAAGAGAGGAUUACCUCAUGCUCAUCUGCUCAUUAUAUUAAGCGAAAAUAAUAAAAUUGAAACAACCGAGUGUAUAGAUAAUUUUGUUCGAGCUGAAAUCCCAGAUAAAAAUAUCGAACCCCGAUUAUAUGAUAUUGUAACUCGCUUUAUGAUACAUGGACCAUGUGGUAUUUUGAAUCCUCACUCACCAUGCAUGGAAAAUGGUUCGUGUACAAAAAAAUUUCCGAAAGAUUUUCAAAAAGAAUCUCAACACAAUGCGAAUGGAUAUCCAUUUUAUCAACGUAGAGAUAAGGGUUUUAAUCAUGUCGGAGGUAAGCCAGUUGAUAAUCGAUACGUAAUCCCUUAUAACAAAUAUCUAUUAUUAAAAUUUAAUGCACACAUAAAUGUUGAAAUAUGUACAUCAAUAAAAUCCGUCAAAUAUAUUUUUAAGUACGUUUACAAAGGAUACGACUGCGCUAAUAUAGAUCUUAAAACUAAUUCGCUUCAAUCUCAUGAUGAAAUUAGAAUGCAUAUAAAUGCCCGAUAUGUAUGUGCAUGUGAAGCCAUGUGGAGAUUAUUAGAAAAUCGUAUGCAUGAUCGAUCUCACGGUAUAAAUCGAUUAGCAAUACACUUGCCAUUUCAUCAACCGGUAUAUUUUAUAGAAGGACAAGAACGUCAGGCAUUAGAGAAAUCUGCCGGCAGAAAUACUACAUUAACUGUCUGCGCUAAUAAGUGGAAACCAAGGCAAAGACAAAACAAUAUAAUUUCAAGGAUGUAUACUGUUGAUCCUAAAUCCGGCGAGAGAUUUUUCCUACGUUUACUAUUACUUCAUGUUGUUGGCGCCACAAGUUUUGAAUAUUUGAGAACUGUAAAUGGAGUUUUAUAUAAUACUUUUAAAGAGGCAGCUUUUAAAAGAAAUUUAUUGGUUGAUGACAAGGAAUAG